AUGUUUGUGAAGUUGAUUUAUUUAGCCGUUAUUUUCAUAACUAGCUUGGCGGCCUGUAUCUACCCGGUGGUCUCUUCGUUCUCCUCGAGGUCGCUCUAUGUCCUGCGCCACUUCGGUACCGGCGUGAUCAUCUCAACGGCCAUCCUCCAUCUACUUGAGCCAGCAAACGACGCACUUACCGAAGAAAUCUUACCCGAAGGCUGGCAAAACUACCCCUGGGCAUUUGCAUUAUGUUUAGUGGGCUUAUUCUUGACGGUGCUCGGCGAUAUCUUUAGCCAGCGUCACUUGUACAAAAAGGGCAUUUCUCACUCACAUGGGCAGGCCCUCACAAUUGAAACACCCUCCAAACUCGAUAGCGAGAUCGUUCCUGACAUUUCAAUCGCUACUCAAAUCUCUGGUCUGUUGGUUCUAGAGAUCGGUAUCGUGUUACAUUCGUUAUUUAUUGGCUUGAGUUUGGGCGCCACUGAAAAAGGUGGAGCACUGGCCCUAGCAAUCGUAUUCCAUCAAACUUUCGAGGGUUUAGGCCUGGGUGCCCGCCUCUCCUCAAUUGAAUGGCCCCAGUCAAAAGCGUGGGUCCCAAAACUCCUCGCCAUUCUUUAUGCCGUCACAACCCCUGUUGGAAUUCUGAUCGGAAUCGCACUGUCAGAACAGUACGACGAAGAUUCCCCGACCGCAUUGAUCGUAACCGGUAUCUGCGAUAGCUUGUCCUCUGGUAUCUUGCUCUACACAGGGCUGGUGGAGUUGUUGGGUAAUGAGCUUGUCAAUGCGCAUGACCUGCCCACAGCACCUCUCAAAGAUGUCCUGGUAGCCUACGGCUCUAUCACUGCCGGCUGCUAUGCUAUGGCAUGCUUGGCAAUCUGGAUUUAA